UUGUAUCAAACAGUGAGAAUGUGUUAAAGUCACUGCCCAGAGAAGAGUGUGCUGACAGUAUUAAAGAUUUGGAUCUAGAACUUGGAGAGCCACUGAUGGAAAGAGCACUUGGUGUUCAGUGGUGCAUUUCCUCCGAUGAGUUUCAAUUCAGGAUAACAGUCAAAGAGCAUCCAAUGACAAGAAGAGGGAUCCUGUGCACAGUAGCAUCAGUGUAUGAUCCACUGGGAUUUGUGGCACCCUUCAUCCUAAAAGGAAAACAAAUCCUGCAACAGUUAUGUCAAAAGAAAGUUGGAUGGGACGAGCCUCUUUCUGAUCAGCUCUACAGAGAGUGGGAAUCCUGGCUCCUAGAUCUUCAAAACUUGUCAAAGGUGAGAAUCCAAAGAUGCAUGCUACCUGAAAACACAGACAUCACUCAGUGUGAUUUACAUCAUUUUUCAGACGCUAGUAUGACCGGCUAUGGACAAUGUAGCUAUUUAAGAACAGUCACAUCCAAAGGGGAUGUUCAUUGUGCACUAGUCAUGGGGAAGGCACGUGUUACCCCAACCAAAGUCACUACUGUCCCUAGACUUGAGUUAACAACUGCAGUAGUUGCAGCAAGAACAAGUGUAAUGCUAAAAAGUGAACUGGAGAUCAGCAAUCUUCAAGAACAUUUCUGGACAGAUUCCAAAGUGGUGUUGGGAUAUGUGAAUAAUGAUGCCAAAAGAUUUCAUGUGUUUGUGGCAAAUAGGAUUCAAAGGAUAAAGUCACUGACAGACCCACAACAGUGGCAUCAUGUACCAUCUGAGAAUAAUCCUGCAGACCACGCGUCAAGAGGACUAAGUGUUCAACAGCUACUCAAAUCUAACUGGUUUAAAGGACCAGAGUUUUUGUGGCAAAGUGAGCUACCCAUUGAAACUGACAAGGCUAUUGAAGUUAUUUCUAAUGACCCAGAGCUAAAAACAGUACAUGUGCUCAAAACGGAAGUACAAGAAAGGAGAACAAUACUUGAUCGUCUCAAUAAAUUUUCAGACUGGAGAAGAGCUGUUAAAGCUAUUGCUUGUCUAAGGAAAUUUGUGAGAGAUUUUAAAGGAGACACACAAAGCAAAGGUGGAAAAACAAGUAUAGAGGACAGACGAAAAGCAGAACUGUUCAUAAUAAAACUUGCACAAGAAAACACCUUCAGCAAAGAAAUCAAGGACUUAACACAAGGAAAGGAUAUCCAACUCAAGGAUAAAACUCAUAGGCUGUAUAGCUUAAACCCAUUUGUUGAUGAGCAAGGAGUACUCAGGGUGGGAGGACGUUUAAGAGACUUGAUAGUUCUUCCCUCAGAACAUUUCUGUAUGAGGUGAUGGCUAUUGUAAAUAGCAGGCCGUUAACAGUAGAAAACCUAAGUGAUCCAAGUUCAGAGCCUCUUACACCAAAUCAUAUUCUCAUGAUGAAGUCCAGUGUUAUUCUACCUCCUCCUGGUGAAUUUGUGAGUCACGACUUGUACCUGAGAAAGAGAUGGCGCCAAGUUCAGUUUUUAGCCAAUGAAUUCUGGACAAGGUGGAAGAAAGAAUAUCUUCUUAAUCUUCAACAGAGACAAAUCUGGCAAAGAAACAAAAGGAAUGCAAAGCUGAAUGACAUUGUUAUUCUUCAAGAGGACAGUUCUCCAAGGAACAAAUGGAAACUGGCAAGAGUAACAGAGAUAUAUCCAAGUGCAGAUGGAAGGAUCAGGAAGGUGAAGCUGUUGCUAAGUGACUCGACCUUGGACAAGGAUGGAAAAAGGACUGUCAAGCCAGUGUAUCUUGAUAGACCAGUUCAUAAAACUGUGCUGUUACUGGAAGCAGAGUAAAUGUUAAAAUGUAAAUAUAUUCCAAUUGUAAUAUUAUAUGUUUUAAGUAAAUCACCAUAGGUUAGUGAUUUGGUGGGAGUUUUACUGCCGUUAUUUUGAUUAAUAUGUUUUAUUUGUAUUUUUUAUAUUUUUUGUUAUUACAACUCUUAUUUUGAAAGGUUGAAUAGUGGAAUCCAGCAUGUUGCUAGGAAACCAAAGAAAAGGAAGACGCUGUAUGAAAGCGUACCUUUCACAAGUGGCUGUAAGGGUCAUUUAAGUUAAGAAUUUAUUGAAUUAUUUCAUUUCUACCUCGAAGGAAAGGGUCAGCCAGCGAGUUCGACGGUGGUGGUAUGUCAGUGAGACUAAGAGAAAUUGUAAGAAGAACAAGUUCAACAAUCGACAUUAAAGCUGACUAUACACCAGCAGUUUAACGAACUCUUUGUCGCCGUUAAUAAAUAUAUAGAUUUAUUUAAUUGGCCAAUAAACAAAACAAGAACGUGUAGCAGAGCUGCUCAUUGCUCUUUGAUUGUGUUGGUAACCUGUCAUGGUGGCAGACAGGGUCAGAACCGUCACUGUCCUUCUGCCUGGUUACUUCUUGCACCUUGGACAGUAUUCAUAGUUGAGUGUUGUUUACCAUUGGGGCAUUGCCUUAAUUUCUAUGUUUAAUGGAGCAGACAGUUGUGGUUUCUGACAUGGGUGAUAUGGGCAAACGUCCAGGGCAGUAUCUUUUAGGGAUGGUAGGAAACCUCCUCGAAUUGUGCCACAGAGAUGGAAGCAAAGCAGAAUGAAGAAGAGUUUGAAUUGAUAAUGAUACUGGUUAAAUUUAUUUCAGCUCUCAGUAUUUAAUAUCUAGGUGUUUUUAUGG